CUUUCCUUUCUCACGUUAUCUGCACCACACCUCAGCCCUCUCUUUCUUCGUCUCCGUUUCACAAGCCCUCUCUCUCUCUAUACACACACAGACACACACACACGCCCGUACAUGUCAGUGUCUCUAUAUAUAACGCUUAUAUAGACACUAGGCGCACCAAAAUACAUAACCGUUUAUCUCUAUAAUCGGAACCCUAGCGCCUCUCUUUCUUUCUGUUUGGAACCCUAAAUUCUCCGAUAGCCCCACCUUUCUUUAUAUCGCAUUCUCAAAUCCGUCGAACGCUGGGGAUUAAGAAAGAUUAUGCCCAUACAAUUUAUCCGAGAAUCAGAGAUUUAAGGUCACUUGUCGAUUAAAAAAUCUGAGAAAAUUUAUUAUUUUUUUUGAGUUCUCUGUUGUUCUUUGAUUGAAUUUGCUCUUUUUGUUGUUAAUCGUUUGCUUUUCUGGACGCUAUUUGGUAACUUCUGAAAAUCGACUCCCUGAAAUCACCGGGAAUUUCUGUCACUGAGCUCCGGAUUCGGGUUCAAUUCCAAUAUAUACUUCCCGUGUUUCUAUAGGGUUUUUGAAUUUUCAGAUAAGAGAAAAUGGUUGGAGGUGGGAAUAGGAGGGAUGAGGGAUCGUUUACUGUGAGUAACACUAAUGUUUUUGCUGCUCUGGAGAGUUUGAGGAAGAAGAAGAAAUCUGACAAAGACAAGGCCACGUCUAAGGGAGGUAAGAGCACGUCAAAAGCCGCUGGGAAAUCGAAGGAAGCCGAUGAGGAGAAGCAGGUGUUCUGGGCUCCGGCGCCUCUGACAGUCAAGUCAUGGGCGGAUGUCGAUGAUGAGGAUGAUGAUGAUUACUAUGCCACCACUGCUCCUCCCCAGGCCAUAUGGAGUGGUUCUGGCGUGAAUAAAGCUGAAGAGACUCAAAAACCUGAUCCUGUGGAGGAAAGUGAAACCGAAGAUGAACUUCUUGAUGAAGGUGAUGAUGAUGGCGAAGAGGAGCAUGAUCAUGAACUAGAGGUUCAAGAACAGGCUGAGCCUAUGGUGCAGAAGCCUGUAGAAGCUUCUCCAGCACCUAAAGAGACAGAAAGACAGCUUUCCAAGAAGGAGAGAAGGAAAAAGGAGCUUGCUGAGCUAGAGGCAAUUUUAGCUGAUUUUGGAGUUAACCCGAAAGAGAAAGCUGAAGAUGAGCCAUCGGGUAAUCAUAACGAGGAACAAUUAAAUGGAGAUGCUGAAGAAUCUAAAAGUGCAAAGAAGAAGAAGAAGAAGGAUAAGGCUUCCAAAGAGUUGAAGGAGCCUCAGGACCAGCCAAAUAGUUCAGAUGUUCCUAAUGGGAAGGAGGAAUCUGCUGGUACAGAGCAGUUGGAGGAAGAUGCAUCUGCUGUUGAUGUGAAAGAGAGGCUGAAGAAGGUGGCAUCUGCUAAGAAAAAGAAAUCCAACAAAGAGAUGGAUGCUGCUGCAAAAGCUGCUGCUAUGGAGGCUGCGGCUAGGAGUGCAAAACUUGCUGCUGCUAAGAAGAAAGAGAAGAACCAUUACAACCAGCAGCCGAUGCGGUAAGAGAAGAUUGUUGGAGCUGUGUACGGAUGGAGAUGGGCCUUUUUUUGCAUUAAUAAACAUCAAGCUCCUGCCUCUCAUUUCAUGAUAGAUGAACUUUGAUAUAAUGUUACAUUUCCCAGAAAAUCUUUGGUUACUCAAAACCUGUUUUCAUUUGGUACUCCUUGACUUACUAGAUCAGUUGUAACAUAUUAGCACUUCAUGCCGUGUAUCUAUCUUGUUUUCUCUUUGGAAUCUUGAUGGAUGUCCCUGGGGUGAAAUUCUUGUGACAAUCUUUUGGAAGCAUUUGCUCCCACGUAUUCUGCAUUUAUCGUAGACAUUCAUUCUUUCUA